AUGCUUUCUGUGUCGAGAAGCACGAAAUAUCGAAAAAAGCUCCUGAGAGAACGGCCAAGGUUUGCGGCAGACCUUUUUUCCAGUCGACAGCAUUUCCAUAAAUGAAGAACGACACGAGGUGGUCGUUUUGACAGAGCACACGACGUCAACGACAUGGGCGGAGCGGACUUCUGCAAUUGUUGCCUCGACCUUGGCCAAUUGGCCCUACCAAAUUGCUCUCGAGAUUUCACACUAGUAUGUCUUUAUUUUUUAGCUUCUUCGUUUUUACUAGUCUCAUUGGAGAAAGCGACGCACGUGUUCAAUAAUUUAUACGAUGGGUUGCCGUCCUUCGACACCUGAAGUUGGACCCGAGCCCAGUUCCACAGAGGUCCCCAGCGAUCCAAAAGCAACAAGUUAUCGACCUUCCAUCGUCAGUCUCCAGAUCCCCAACGAAUAUGGAGAUGACAUCAGUUCAGAUGCGAUGAGGUACUCCUUCCCGUUUCGAAAGGAGAUAUAUUCACGUCGGAAAAAACAAACAAACAGUUUCAGCGACCAUUCGUUGGAGCAAGAAGGCCAAGAGCACAGUGACUACCUCUACGGUACGGACGUGACCCUACAGUGGCUGCUCCAGCGGAUCGGGGACAAGCUAAACAAGUCGAUAGUCGAUGAACCUCAAUGGAUAACGGAGAGACUGAACCGUCCAAGCUGGGAAUGUUGGUCACCUACGGCAUUUGAAGUACAUCAACAUAUUUUCAGCCGAAUACGCCACGUCGUCGGUCGUUCGCGUUACAUUUGGCUGGGAAGAUGACGACCUUCCCAAGAGCGUCGUGCUCAAAACUCCGGUGGCAAAGGACUUACGAGACGACGAAGAGGGAAAGUAUCAUUACAUCAUGUUUAAGAGGUUUUUGAGCUUUUUCUUAUUGAAUAAAUUCUCAAGGUUUACUAGAGUCUAGCUGUAUUGAAUGAAGAAAAAAAAAACUGGCGUUGCUCUAUAGAAAUUUAUUGAGCCUGCAAAGGCAGAAAAAACUACUCUUCCUGGAUUCAAAGGUCGAGAAAAAAAAGUCAAAGAAUUUUUUCUCGGCUUUAUAAUGAAUGGAGCACAUGGCGAAAACUUAUGGAAGAUUUGGAACCUUUAUGCAGCCUAUUUCGCUUACAGCUGUUUUCAGAGAGUGCAACGUCUAUGAAUGGACGCAAAAGUUUCCAAAACUAGCUUCGCCGAACAUUUUGCACAUCAAAAAGCAUUCGAAGGAGGGCAGCGGCGUGGUAGUCAUGGAAGACGUCGGCGAAAAAGGAGUCGAGCAAGAUCCUGUGAAAGGACUUCCUGUUCGUUACAUUUCAGACCCAUUAAAAAUAAGUACCGAGAAAAAAGUCGCUGACGGUACGUUGACGACUCCGCAGAAGUGCUGCUUGCAGCUGCGGCGUUCUUUCUUUUUCCUUAGCGCUUUUUUGCAUUUUUCUUGACGCGUUCUCGUUUUUGGAAAUCAUCUAAUUUUUUUCGAAUGCGUGAGAAAUACGAGAGAAAUGCGACCUCGAGCUGGACUAGUCAUUUAUCAUUUUUCGGCUAAUAAUUUUUUUCCAAACUAUUGUUAAAUUUUAAAGUUUUUAUUCAUUGUUCUCAAAUUACAGCUAGAUGCUAUGAGAGACGUCCUGAAGCACAUGGCCUAUCUUCACGCGACCUCCUUGAAGCACACCUCCUGGAGCACUCUCGUGAGGCUCCACCUACUUCUCACAAAUUUUCAAUUUUUCCUCAGGUCGCCGACUUGCCUCCUUCUUACUACGCGCAUCUGAUUGGCAACUUCGAGGCGGCGAUGAAUUUCUUCGAGCGGCACGACGUCGAUCAUUCGCGAUUCGUAGUAGGACCCGAACAGAGUUUCGUGUAGUGCGUCUUUUGCAGCACACGGCCAAGUACUUCUCCGCCGAAUACCUCCACACGACGGCCACAGAAAGCGCCGAGCAACUCGGAGUUCCGCGAGUUCUGGUCCACGGCGAGCCCUACGCCAGCAACGUGUUCGUCCGCCAGGAAGGGAAGGAUCAACGUGUCAGUGCCAUCAUCGACUGGACGGGUCUGAUUUUUUUGUAAGAAAAAAAUUUAAUAGUUUUCCAAAAAAUUAUAUAUUUGAAUACGUUUCAAGUUAGCCUAUCUGUAGCCUUUUUAAGGUUAUUUAUAAAACUCAUUUGUCAGUGCGAUUAUCCGAUUCGAAAAAAGGAUUGAAGGAGGAAUAAAAGUUGUUGAAACUUCAUUAUUUCGUAUACUGGAAGUCAUCAGACAAUUUGAAUAGUUAAAUAUUUAUUUCACUAAUUCGCACUUGAAUGAUGAUAAAAAUCAAUUGAUACGUAUAUAGGAACUGCCUUGAGAUAAUUCAAUUUACAAUGAAAAUGUUGAUUUUUCAGAAUGCCAUUCUGGUUGUUUUGCGGAGGAUCUGAGCAAGGCCAUCUGCUGGAACUUAUCACCACGGGUACUGAACCCAAAAACUGACAUCAGUAUUUGACAUUUCCAGGACAGAGUCGACCACACGAGUUCUUUGAUUGAAGGCUAUCACUACCAUCUCGCUAGGUACUGCGGAGCCGAAUGUCCCUUCACAGUCGACGUCAUCAGGACUGCCUACGACUUGUUUUUGCCCUUUUCCAUGGUUUCCAUGGUUGGAAAGGCAAGUCUUUCUUUUUUUCUUUCUUCUUUGUUCAAAACAGUUACGAUUCUUUCAAACUGCUCUCGUAGAUUUCUCUUUUAGCAUUGAAAAAAAAAAACAUUAAAAGGGGCACACAUUAUGUACAUUCAAUUCAUAAGUGACUUUCGAAAUUUUACGGUUUCUUGAUUCCGUUUGCAGCGAGCUAAAGAUAUUUCGAUAUAGUUGAUUAACUGGUGGCUUGAACCACCGACGGGUCCUGACACGGUAAGAAGAGAGACAGUGGCUGGUUCGUGGAGAGCGCUGACGCAUCUGGUUAGCAUCCCUAGCUAGCCGGGAUUCGGCUAAAUGUGUUUUCAUAAUUUAAUCUGAAAGUUGUCCUAGUUUACUGCCAGAUUAUAAAAAAACACGAAUUCAUUGCAAAUCAUGAAUCCGAUUUGAAUCAUGAAGUUUCAGGUGAUGAGUGCGAAAAACGAAGCGGAAAACGAGCCGCUCGUCGAAAGGGCCAAGGCUCUCAUCCAGACCGUAUAUGCGACAGCUCGUCUAGCACAGGAUUGA